AUGACCGAAAUGGAUCCACCAUCACCCUCGGUAGUCAAGAGAGCUGAGGCUAUCCGUGCUGCAACCAAAGAGGUCCGUCGCCUACAUGCGGAACGCCAGGUGAAUGAUGCUCUUGCCAUCCGCAACGGGCCCAAUAUCAUCACUACGUUGAACCUACCAUUACAAUCAGAUGUUCGAGUCUGGCGCGAGAAAGGUGGAUGGAAGGGCCCAUACAAGCUCUUAGCGGUGAAUGGAGAGACUUGCACCGUUGAUAUGCCACACGGUCCUACGAAUUUCCGGUCAACCAUUGUCAAGCCCUACUACAGGGAAGAGUGCUCAGAGGCGGAAAGAGGACAACGACAUGUGAGGGAAGACGGUGACCAAGAGGAUAAAACCGUUGAUGCGAAAAACACGGAAGAGCCCGACAAACCGACUGAGACCCAACGGCGAGGCCGAGGACGACCGCCAGGAUCGAAGAACAAGCCGAAGCCGCAGGUAACCGUGCGGCGGAGCACUCGACAGAAUGCUGCUAAUCCUCAAGAUCUCGAGGAUCAGUUCAUCAAUACUAUCCUGGAAGAACAGGAUGUCUCAAUGGCGCUCAUGACAAACAAGGAACGAGCCGAUAUGGAACUGUCUAUCAAGUUGAGGAGCGAAGGGGUCAUCACAACCCCAGGAUUACCAUUCGAUCAAUCUCGGAAAGAGGAGAUUGAUGGACUGAUAGCGAGAGGCGUGUUCGACUUCGUACAAUACGACCCAAUCAAGCACGCUGGCAUACGCAUCUUCAAUUCGCGCCUAGUCAACGAGAUCAAGGGCAAGGCUACGGGUGCGCCCUUCGAGAAGUCACGACUUGUUAUCCAGGCCUACAAUGAUGAAGGAAAGGGGAUGAUUCUCACGCAAUCCCCAACCAUCCAGCGAGCCAGCCAACGAGUUAUCGUUGCACUGGCCCCGUCACUGAGAGAGAAGGGCAUCAGUCUGUCGAUCCGGGACAUUACACAGGCAUAUGUCCAGUCAACGACCUCAUUGAACCGACUGAUUCUGGCACAUCUCCCUAAGGAGACCAAGAGCGAGUUCCCGACAGGCACAAUCAUGGUAGUGCGGAAGCCGUUAUAUGGAAUCCCUGAAGCCGGAACCCAUUGGUGGGCAACGUACCACAAGCACCACCGGGAAAGGCUCGGGAUGGUCACAUCUACUUACGACCCAUGCUUGUUGAUCUCAACAGCGAAAGGAGCUUUCGGUGUUGUCGGAAUGCAAACCGAUGACACUCUGAUUUUAGGGUCCGACGAGUUUGCCAAGCUUGAAGAAAAGGAAUUAGUGGAGGCAAAGUUCAGCGCUAAGCCCAAGGAUACACUAUCUCCAGAGGGCCCGCUGAUAUUCAAUGGCUGCGUCCUGACACAAAAUGAUGGAGACGUUGCCGUUGAGUUACGCCAGAAGGAGCAGGGUAAGAGACUCAAGCCCAUCGACCACAAAUCUACGGAUUUCAAGCACGUAUACAUGGAACAACGUGCUCGCGGGGCGUACAUUGCAACGAUCUGCCAGCCGGAAGCUGCAUUCGACCUAUCCGUUGCCGCCCAACACCAGGAUCCUACGGAAGCCGACGUCAACGCGUUGAACAAACGCAUCAUGUGGCAAAUGAAGAACCUGGACAGGGGCAUCAAAUACAUCGCGAUAGACCUAUCAACUGCGAAGCUCUUCGUAUUCGUCGAUGGAUCAUUCGCAAACAACAAAGAUUUCAGCUCCCAGAUCGGAUAUGAGAUCAUCCUCGCAAACGAGUCCACAAAGAAUGAGGAAUUUGAGAUCACCGGAAACUUAAUCCAUUGGAGCUCAACCAAGAGCAAACGCGUCACCAGGAGCGUCCUGGCAUCGGAGAUCUAUGGGAUGGUGGGAGGUGUCGACAUGGCAAUUGCAAUCGGCACAACAAUCAAGAUGAUCAUGGACCAACUUGGUUUUGAGAAGAUCCCUACCAUUGUAUGUACGGAUUCAUACUCUCUCUACGAAUGCCUCGUCAAACUCGGAACCACCAAGGAGAAGCGCCUCAUGAUCGACAUCAUGGCACUUCGCCAGUCAUACGAGCGAAGAGAGAUAAUGGAAAUAAGGUGGAUCAACGGGAGCGACAACCCAGCGGAUGCAAUGACCAAAGCAGACCCCAACAAGGCCUUGGAGAAGUUCAUCAGCACAAACACCUUACGAGUGCGAGUUGAGGGGUGGGUGGAGAGACAAUAG